GAAUGUUUUUCCUAAUUUGCAUUCCGACAUUCUUAGGGUGUCAAUUUUGCCAUGUUUCGACGGCAGGGCCUUUAAGAUAUUCCUUGUUGUCAAACGAAUGAAUUUCAUAUGAUAGAAUUUAAGGACACAUCUGAGGUUUAUCUGAAAAUGAACCCAUGGCUGUCAAACUACCCACGGUGAGCCCUCCCGUUUUCUUUCGUUCAAUCUCAAGGAGUUUAAAAUUUCCGGGACUUACUUUAAGCCUGUGAUUGGACCACGGGAGGCUUACCUACAUGCAAAUGAAGCAACGCCACAAUGCUGCCUUUAGUCGAGUGCGCGUGGAAGUAGGCAGGAAUACAUUCAUGUAUAGCGAGCUCCAGGAAAAACAACUAAAUCCCCUCAACCAUCUCUUUAAAGAACCUAUCCAGAACAUCUGGGCAAAGCCGCGUGUUGUUUUUUCAUCCAAGUUUACACAUUUUACACGCGCGCAUAGCUUCGUCCCCCUUAAUGUUAUGAGUCCAGAAUGAACACAGAAGACAGUGGUAACAAGUGCUCGCCGGCCCCAAUCUCGAGUUUCACUAUUCAGUCAAUUCUGGGUACCACAUCCGAUGGCGCACGAUCGGGUACCAAGGAGAAUUCCACAGGAAUCCUGCGGGGGAGGCGCACGCUGUCGGUGUCCUCCGAGGAGGAGUGCAGCGGUGAAGAUUCGUCACAUUGCUUCUGUUCUGAACCCGGGCACAGCGACCCAUGCAACCAGCACCAAUCCCUUAACUUUUCCACAAUAAACGCCUCGAAAGGAAUUACACCAGAACAAGACGGAACAGAGCGACGGCAGCAUUUAACACAACCACUGCUACAGGAUUACAAAGACGAACAAGACAGGCCAUGCAACCAAAUGUCACCCAUUUCUGAGGAGCGGCAAAGAGACGGGACUGACAAGCAGAGCAACUCGGCAAAGAAGAAAACUCGCACCGUGUUCUCCCGGAGUCAAGUGUACCAGCUGGAGUCCACAUUCGACAUGAAAAGGUACUUGAGCAGCUCCGAACGGGCCUGUCUCGCUUCCAGUCUGCAGCUUACAGAGACACAGGUGAAAACGUGGUUUCAAAACCGGAGGAACAAAUGGAAACGACAGCUCUCAGCAGAACUGGAAGCGGCCAAUAUGGCUCACGCGUCUGCACAGACUCUAGUUGGGAUGCCGCUUGUUUUUAGAGAUAAUUCUUUGUUACGGGUUCCGGUUCCAAGGUCUAUUGCCUUCCCAACGCCUCUGUAUUACCCGGGCAGCAACUUACCAGCGUUACCGUUGUACAAUCUCUACAACAAGAUUGAAUACUGACCUCAAACUCAUGACAAAGUCAAUAUCAAACCUAUAAAAAUCUACGAUACACGCAUAAAAUUGUUUGGCAAAUAGCCUAUAUGUCUAUUUAUAUCACCUUAUUUGUUGAAGACAUAUUUCUUAUUAUGCAGCAACUGUAUGUGCAAAUAAGAAAGCAUCGUGCUUCUCUAAAUGUAUUAAAUACACCAUGUGUAUACGAAUUUUGUACUUUUUUAUUUAGUGUUUUCUCCCUUGUUUAACCGAUUUUACACGUUAUAUGGGGAUUUUUUUCCAUUGUAAUACAGAUGAAAUCAGGUGGAAAUUAAAUCUGUAGCUCUUUUCCUCAGCCCAUCUAAUUAAAAAAAGCUAAAUAAAAAUCUGUCUGCACAGAAUAAAUCGGAUCACUAGUUUAAGGAGAAAAAAAUGUAAUUAAUCUUUAAGUAGUCUUGGAAGAUGAUCUGAGAAAUCUAUAAAAUUAUCUUGAGUGGCUGAGCAAAAACGAAAAUACAGUUUUGAUCAAGCAACUACCGGUUGAAGAAUUAACUGUCGUUGUUUAAGUGUACCUCCCCCUCCCCAAACACCC